AUGUCGUGCAACAUGUCAAAAUCACAUCCCGGCAACAACCUGGACCUGACAUCAGCUCAUCAGCUGAUGUUCCAACUUAGGUUCUGCUUAGGCAGCUGGGUCAUACGGCUGUCCGCCCGUCUCGGUUUGAAAGCUUCGUCAGCUGUUGUUCGGUACCAUAAUAAGGAAAAUAGACCCUUAAAUGGAGGCAUUUGUGUUGCUAACCAUACAACUCCACUGGAUAUUGUCCCCUUGCUGUCUAAUGAACACUACUCUUUGGUUGGUCAGAUGCAUGGAGGAAUAAUAGGAUUUUUUCUGAGUAUGGGUAUGAAGACAACUCGACAUAUUUUGUUUGAGCGCUCUGAAAUGAAACAUCGUUGUGCUGUUAGAAAAAGAUUAACAGAGCACACCUCUGAUAAGACUAAUGCCCCAAUUUUAAUUUUUCCAGAAGGUACUUGUGUCAACAACACCUCUGUAAUGAUGUUCAAGAAGGGAACUUUUGAAGUAGAAACAACCAUCUAUCCAGUGGCAAUAAAGUAUGAUUUCUUAUUCUCGGAUGCUUACUGGAACAGCAGUAAAUACAACAUUACAAAAUAUGGGAUUCGACUUGGAACUAGCUGGGCCUUUGUAUGUGAUGUGUGGUACUUGCCACCAAUGCGCAAAAAGGAAAAUGAAGAUGCAGUCCAAUUUGCCAACAGAGUAAAAUCUGCCAUUGCUGCUCAAGCGGGCUUGAUGUCACUUCCUUGGGACGGAGGCCUAAAAAGACAAAAAGUCAAAGAUUCUUUGAAAAAGCAGCAGCAGGAAGAAUAUUGCAGGAUAAUAGUGGGGAAAGAAUCCCACGAGCAUUCUGAAUGGCUGCGAACAGAUCAAAAUGAAGCUGAUAAGUCCAGUGUUUGGGACCCAGCUGCGCCUGCCCAAAGAACCUGGUUUCCUUCUGCUGAGAGCCACCAGAUCUGAAGGUUGUUCCUAACUGCUAGGGACUGGAUUUCUUCCCCCGAAGAACAUUAAUAACAACUGCACUUAUAUACCGCUCUUCUAGAGAGAUUAGUGACCCAUUAGUGCUCCGAUAAGAGCAGCAAAGAAGAUUAGUGUUAUUAUUAACCCCACAAUACUGUUGGGCAACUGGGGCUGAGAGGCAUGGCUUAUCCAAGGCUACCUGCUAAGCUCAUGGCAGUAGUGGGAUCUGAACCAGCAGAGUGUUGACUUGUAGGCCAACUACGAAACCACUAUGGUACAACAGCCACAUCAGUAGCAGUGAUGGAAUCAACAGGAGGAGGAGAAGACAGGAGAUGAAUGUUGGCAAAGCGCGGCUGCAAGUAAUUUGCCUUUGUUUUGGUUGGGGAUCUAAGGGCUUGGGUCAGAGGCAUCACAAAAAGAUGGACAAUGGUCACACGUCAUUUAAUUAACAAAAUGUAAAGGGAUCGCUUAGCUUCUAAGAUUUUUUCCCCUUUAAAUAGUUGACCUUACAUGCAAAAGUCUCCCCCUAAAUCAGUCUUUCAAAAAUUGCAAUAUAGAAGAUAGACCAGCCAUUUUAGGGGCAAAAUGUAUGUGUCUUGGGAAUCUUGAUCCUUAGACAUGUAACUGAGCUGUAAAAAGCAGCAGUGUGCACGUGUGUUGGGCUGGGGGUGGUCCUGAUAUGGAUCAGGGCCGGGCGACAGUGCUGGAAAUGGAACAGUUUUAACAUUUCCCAUCAUUCUAUAUCCCUGUCAAAAGAGCAUCUUCUGACUGUGGGAGAUCUGACAAAAUUUGGGGACCUGUCUUUCCCCCCCCCUAGUGCUUAAAGCAGCUCCGUGUGUGUCUGUAAGA